AUGACUGUCGUAUUGUUUCAGGUUGCCGCCACCGUUGCCCAGGAUUACGAGGUCUCUGACAUUCAGUGCAGCGGCGCAGGAUCAGCAGCCGAUCUCCUGACAGCGAAGAUCAAAAGACCAGUUGGCUUCAGAGGGGCGCCGCUCUUUGCCGACGACAGAUCCGCCAAUCCGCUUACCGACAUUCACUGCCAGAUCAGGCCAGAUCCCAAUGAUCCUCAGGAAGAUAACUAUUUCCUGAAGGUGACUGACUUCUCGAGAUGCGGCAUCCUGAAGAGAAACGGUUUCAUUCACCUGCGAGUAUGGUUUCCGGCAUUUCCCGGUGUCGUCAUGCUAGCCGAUCAAGAAUUGAUCUUAAUGUGCCGACCACCUGAGCCCACGUUACUCCGUCACAAAGCUGCCGGUUUCGCUGGAACCUUUCCUCACGGGGCAAGAGUAUCUGGGGUGGUCGAAGAAACACCUGGACGACUAGAGUACGAGGUAGCCCUUUACCGCGAAGCUACGGGCAACGUAUCGGACGCAUCGGGAUCGCAGACUGUCGAUCAAGCGGUUCCCAUUGGUACAAAGCUUCAGUUAAGAGCUCGAAUCAGUGCAGACAGUGCAUGGGGUUACAUUAAACUGUUGGAAGUAACCGUUAGUCCCGAUCCCGAUCAGCCUCACGCUCCAGGAAGUGUCGUGUUGGUGAAGGACGGUUGUAGAAAUCGAGAUUUCGCGUCAAUAAUUCCUCAUCAACCAGCCCGUUAUCGAGAGAGAAAGAACGAAGUUUUCCUCGAUUUCGAAGCCUUUCUCCUCAGUUCCAUGAGAGAACGUUCCACGCUGUGGAUCCACUCGCAGAUCAAGGCUUGCAUGGAACCUCAGGACUGCCAACCGGAUUUUUGUCUCGAUCUUUUUGAACCAUCGGGACAUGGAAAAAAGAAAAAACGAUCUAUCGUAGAAGGUACGAACGAAUAUUUUCCUAAAGUCGACCGCUUGAUAAAGGAAUACAACGAUUCGAUACCUUAUACAAAAUUUAAGGAAAAUAUCGAAUACACAGUGAUGAUGCCUGAUGAUAUAUAUCAGAAAGUAACUGCUGGACUUGAAAACAGUUGCGGUAGUUUCCUUUACGUUGCAACAGGACUUGGUGCACUUCUGGUUUUAUCCGCUUUUAUCAUGUGCUAUCUUGCAACAAGACUUCACAAUUUGUCGUCAACUAUACCACAAAAUAAAUCGAUCGACGAACUAGUACGAGAUCGUGCUAGAAAAUAUUCUGAACAAACACCAGGCUACACCGGCCGAUCUACGGUACAAUAGCAAAAUGCAAAUAUUAUAUUACAUAUGUACUUUAUUAUGCUCAAUCAAAAUGAAACGGUAGUUUUCGUGAAAUGAAAUAAGAAACCAAAUUAACAGAACGACUUAUGGUACGGAUAUAAGCAAAAUAUCAUACAAAAAUAACUAAAUUGUAUUAUAACGUAAUAUUUUUUUUAAUAUCUGUGAACGUUAAGAGAUUAUAUACUAAACUAAAAACACAGAGUUUAAAAAAUAUAUGAAACUAAUAUAUUUAAUUAAUAUACUUAAUGUAUAUUAUUUAAGGUAGAUAAGAUAGAUAAAAUUUGAUAAGACUUGAUAGAAUUACUGCAAAGAUACGGAUAUGUUAUAUAUUAUUACAUAUUUAUGUAUAACAUAAAAAAACAAAUGUAAUUUACGAACUUUAGCAAAUAUUAAAUUCUUCACUAUUGCUCUUCGUAACUGAUCAUUCACUUUUGCACGUUUUAUACAACAAAUUGCACGAAAAAUUUAUUUUAUUUCAUUUCUCACAUUGAAUACUUAUUACAUAAUUGCAAAUCUACUUCUCCGCUAUUUCAACAUUUUGUUAAACGUGCAGUGCUAUUACGUGACCUGAAACAGUGCGUAUAUAAUCUUUAAUAGUAAGUAAUCCUAAAUGAACUGUAUUAAUUUAUUCAUUGUAGAAUAAUUUACUCAUAUCCGUUACGGUUGAAUAUAACUAUAAUGUAUUUUCUUUUGAGGGUGAUUGUAUACGUUUGACUUAAUGUAC